AGCUAUCGGCUUUUCUCUCAGUUCAUCUGAUGUAUUUGAAGGGAUUACAGGUAGAAACAAAAGUCCCAAACAGUACCGUCUUCCAGUACAAGUUGAGCCACGUCCACAAACAGAAGCUGAUGACACACAGGAGCAAAGUCCACAGGACGGCAGAGGAGCAGAGGCUGAACACACGAGGGACACAGAAACGCUGUAACGCAGAAGGACCGACAACUAGAGCACAUAAGACAGGCCCAUUAUACGCUAAAACACCAGGGGAUGGCCAUGACAAGCUCAGAGAGUGAAAGACAUCAUGGAGGGCGAACAGCAAUCAAACACGAGGGGAAAUCAAGGAAGGAGCCUGAAACGAGGGACAACGUGAGACUUCAAACUGAAACAGGAAACACGGGACAGAAAACGUGCCCAGUGACAGUACCGGCUUGUUUGGUUGUUGGAAUGCUUUCUCGAAGGAGGGUAAUCAGAAAUGCUCCAGUCUGAACCAGAGAUGGCGGUCAACAUUGCAGUGGCUUCCAGUGUCCUUCUCAAGGAGGAGAGCAGCAGCUCAGAGAGACUCGGUCCUGCCUUCCCUUUUGUCAAGGCUCUGAAGGCAGUGAAUGCUAAGCUGAAAGAGAACUACCCUGAGAGUGAGGAGCUGUUUAAAGUCAUGCUCCUGGAUGAAAAGCCAUCAGAUUCACUGAAGAAUGCCAUCCGAACCCAUGAUCUGGAAGAACUCAUUACUGUCUUGAAUGUGAGAGAAGAUCUUGUUGGUGAAUUAAAGAGGAUUAACACUGCCCUGUACCUGUCUGAUUCAGAAGCUUUGGCUAAAAAAGUACUGAACCAAGGAAUAGCUGCUGCAUUCAUGCCCACUCCAAAAGAAAUAAAAGAAGUAUCGGAGGAUCAGCUGCGUGUCGCCUUUGAUGGUGAUUCUGUGCUCUUCUCUAAUGAAUCUGAACGUGUUUUCCAAGACUCUGGAUUGACAGGAUACUUACAGCACGAGAGAAACAAUGUUGAAAAACUCCUGGACCCGGGGCCACUCUGUUCGUUCCUGGAGGUCUUGGAGAAGCUGAAGAAGAAGCUGCACGAUAAGGGUCUGUUAAAGAACUGCCCCAUUCGCACCUAUCUGGUGACAGCUCGGCGUGCAGGCUGUGAUGGCUACAGAGCUUUAAACUCCCUACACUCCUGGGAUCUCGAGGUUGACGAGGCCUUCUUUCUGGGCCUGAGUCCAAAAGGUCCCAUUCUGGACAACAUCAGGCCCCAUCUCUUCUUUGACGAUCAGCCGCGUCAUAUUCAGGCUGCUUUGGAGAUGCUCCAGUCUGAACCAGAGAUGGCGGUCAACAUUGCAGUGGCUUCCAGUGUCCUUCUCACGGAGGAGAGCAGCAGCUCAGAGAGACUCGGUCCUGCCUUCCCUUUUGUCAAGGCUCUAAAAGCAGUGAAUGCUAAGCUGAAAGAGAACUACCCUGAGAGUGAGGAGCUGUUUAAAGUCAUGCUCCUCGAUGAAAAACCAUCAGAUUCACUAAAGAAUGCCAUCCGAACCCAUGGUCCGCCGCCAUCCCCCGACCAGACCCACAGACAGACAGUUUUUCAAUAAAUAAAUAAAUAAAUAAUUUAAAA